AUGACCGAUCGACUUUAUGUACCGCUCCGGUCUUUGUGGCCAAAUCAUGUAGAUCAACCCUAUCAUCAUGCCUCUCAUGCCGGUUUCUUACAGCGCAAAUCUAUCAAAUAUCAUCCGUCUAUGCGUUCGAAAGGAGGAUGCUGGACAUGUAGAGCUCGUAAGGUCAAGUGUGACGAAACAAAGCCCACAUGCACACAAUGUCGUCGUCUAUUUCAUCAUUGUGACUGGGAACCAAGACUCACUUUCAAGCAUGAAACAAACAAAAUUGUAGCCCGUACGACAGGGGUUUAUUUGGACAGUAGCUUGGUCUGGAAUCCAUCCGCUUCGGUUGCGCCUCCCCAAAACAACAAACCAAAGGAACCUGACACACUACCACCCUAUGCCGAAUUGCCAAGCGACGAGCAACGUGAGAAGAAGGCUUCCUAUUAUCCACCGGGAACUUUUACUUUAGCCUUAAUGCCGCAUAGUUUUCAUGACUUAGCAGAGUACCACACCAAAAGCUCACGCCCGAAUGGGUUUCGUAAGAAUAGAUAUCCUUCCGCCCAGCGGUUCCAGUCAACCAGGCCAGAUGUCGUUAUCCUAGAUAGAUUUGAAGGAUUUUCGGGUAGUCGUUGCCAGUCAGAAAAUCCACUCUCCAGGAAAGCCAGCAUGGAAAAUGUUUUAUCUCCCGGCGGGCUACCCACCACACUUGUGAAUAGAGACACAGACUCACAUCUACUGGAUCAUUAUCGGAAUGUACUGGCGAAUCAAAUAUGCUGGUUGGCUGAACAAGUUUCGGGGCCAGAUAUAUUUGAAAGAUAUUCUGCAGAUUACUCUCCUUUGUAUCUCGCAAUACUAGCUUUGUCUUCCCUAAGUCUAUCUCAAUUGAAUCAUAUACCUUUUGAGGACGUUUUGGAACGAUACCACAUGGUCAUUACCGCGUUGGGCAAUUCGGUUAAAACUGAGGAAGACGCCCGUUCUGACGGGGCGCUAUUCACGCACUAUUUACUGUUACUGUUCGAGGUUGCUGCGACCGGACAUCGUACAUUGAACAUGUGGGAACAGCAUUCCUCCAGAAUUCAAUCUAUUCUUCAGCUUCGACAGAAAGCUUAUGGCAAGGAGCCACAUGGAUUCAUUAUUGUUGUAAGUGUAAUGAAAUACGCUCUGGAGAACCAAUCGAUCAACAUGAUUAUUAUGCCGGAAGCAUUUCGCCAGAUGCCUGAUUUGUUGAGGAUGAAUCGAGAACUAACUCUGAUUGCCCUUGAAAUGGCACAAACGGGACGGGCAUUGAAAGUUGAACAACAAGAUCUCUCAAAGCCCAGACUCGAAGUGAACAUGGAUGAAUGCAGAUCCAUGCACGAGUUGCACAUACUUCUGAUGGAAUUCCGUGAAACUUGGUCUAGAUUUCUAGAGGCGAAGACACCGGAAGAAAGCUGGCUUCGCGAAUUGGCAAAACUUCCAAGCGGACCAUUUACUUGUAGAACACAUGUACACUUAUUUUAUCGAGCUUGCAAAAUCUACUAUCACACAAGUAUGUAUCAAGGUCAAUCGUUGGUACUAGCAGCAGAAGUGGAAGAACAACUCUCUACAUGUGCCAGAGAGAUAAUCUUGAUAACCAAGAUGAUGAUAGAUCUAGGGUGUCUUGGGUCUAGAUUCAUAGUAUUCCCUAUUUUUAUGGCAGGUAUGGCAUCUCGGGUGACGGAAGAGAAACAAAGUGCUCUGGCAUUUCUUCGCAGAUUGGAAGAGACAAGCUUUGGCUCGAAUACAAAAACCAUGAGAAUUUUACUCGCGUCGAUAAUCGAAAAACAGGGGAUUGCGAUUUUGCAGACGGGAAACCAUCUGUGUGUUAACUGGAUUGAAGAAUUGCAAUCGAGUGGACAACAAUUAAUUAUGGUGGGCUUGUAA